AUGUGGACAGACAUAGGCAUUCUCGGGUGUGAUACUACUGGGGUUUUGGGCCUUCUUCCGGAGCAAAAGCUUACAGCUGUUAUACGAAUGUUGGCGUAUGGAGCAUCUGCUGAUCAGGUGGAUGAGAAUUGCCCAACUGCCUGGCAAGGUGAUUACGGAAAUAGAAAAGGCACAAAAAGUAUCAUCCUGGAAGCCGUUGCUGGCUUCGACACAUGGGUUUUGCAUGCUUUCUUCGGAGUUGCCGGAGCCCAAAAUGACCUCAACGUCCUGACGGGGUAUUAUCUAGCUGACGGUAUCUACCCAAGGUGGACCACAUUUGUCAAAUCCAUUCCGAAUCCCCGAUCCCAUAAGCAAAAAUUAUUUGCUACCUAUCAAGAAGGAUACAGGAAAGAUGUCGAAAGGUGUUUUGGCAUCCUUCAAGCUCGAUGGUUGAUUGUUCGAGGUGCGGCUCGUAUGUUUGAUGAGGAGAUCCUCCGAAGCAUUAUGAUGACUUGCAUCAUCCUCCAUAAUAUGAUUGUGGAGGAUGAGUACGAUUAUGAUGCUGGAGAGGUCUAUAAACCGGAUCCAAUAAACACGGCCUUGACCCGGAUUUAUGAAAGGCCCAUGGGGCCAAAUGGAGAACCGUUUGAGCCGAAACCGUUGGUGAGGGACGAUCGUAUGAUGACCCGAAUGAUAGAUCGAUAUACAGAUAUGCAAUCUUCGUAUAUUCAUGAAAGCCGUCAACUUGACUUGAUAGAGCAUAUAUGGGCGGUGAAAGGGAAUGAAGAUGAAUGA